AGUGAUAAUGGUUAUAUGACACUGGUGUCUUCAACUUCAAAAUCAUCAGAAUGGACAAUGAAGUUCGUUGUAUGGACAGCUCCACGCCUGCCUCACCAGCCUGCCAUAAAUGCGUUUCAAGAAAUGGGAGAAAUUCAAGUUCAGCCUUGCGGUUUGUUUGUUGACAAAGAACAUGACUUCUUGGCGGCUUCACCUGACGGACUGGUCGGAGGUGAUAAUCUGAUUGAGGUGAAAUGUCCGAAGUCAGCUGAAAACCUCACUAUCAGCGAAGCCGUGAUCAAAGUGAAAUCAUUCUGCUUGGAAAAACUACGUUGUGGAAACGUCCGUCUCAAGAAAAACCACAAUUAUUAUUACCAGGUGCAAGGGCAACUACAUGUAGCUGAGAAAAAAUCUGUUAUUUUGUAGUAUGGACAAAAAAAGAUAUCCAUAUUGAAAAGAUCGAGAGGGGUGUUGGUUUUGGACCGAGAAGAUGGAGAAAAAAUUAAUUUAUUUCUACCAUCACGCCUUGUUGCCAGAGAUACUGGAUCCUCGAACUUGUCGAAGUAUGGCAAUCAGGGAGCCAUCAAUCCCUUUUUCUCAUUUUUAAAUAAAGUCUCAUUGAAAAUUA